UCAUUUUCUUUUAUCCUAUCGGGCCUCCGUACUUGCAUGUGGACUGUACGGUCAGAAAGCGGUGUUGUGGGUUGACUGAUUCUGAAUCAAGAUGGCAGAACAAACAACAUUGGACAGCCUGCUGGAAAUGGGCUUUGACAGAAACAGGGCGGAAAAGGCUGUGGCACACACAGGAAACCAGGGCAUAGAGCGGGCCAUGGACUGGUUGAUGGAACAUGAGGGUGACCCAGACAUUGAUGAGCCCUAUGUACCUCCUGUGGGGAACGUGCUUGGAGGAAGUGACCCACAACUGCCCAGUCCAGCAGCCCAGCCCACAGCAGACCCUGCUACAGAUGGGGGUGACCAGAUGAUCCAUGAUGGGGAUACCAAACAACCAAUGACAGAGGAGGAGAAACGUGAGCAGAUAAAGAGGCUAGAGGAUCUGAUGCGGGUGAAGCAGGAGGAGCGGAGAGAGAGGGAGCGAGCGGAAGAGGUGGACAGAGAGAAGCAGAGGAGGAGGCAGGGCCAGGAGCUGCUGCAGGUCAAACAGAAACUGCAGGAGGAUGAGAUGAAGAAAAUGGUCGACCUGCGCCAGAGAGAGAAGAAUGACGACAAAAUGGCCAAGCAGCGGGUGCGAGACAAGAUAGCACGCGACAGAGAGGAGAGAGCACUUAAGUUUGGAGGUGGUUCUUCUAGUAGAGCUGGAACCUCCCCUUCAGCAGAAGGCCCUCCCUCCUCUCCGCCCAGUCAGGGCCCGCCUCCCGCCAAGAAGGACUAUAACGAGUGUAGAAUCCAGGUGCGUAUGCUUGACGGCUCGGCCCUGACCUCCGUGUUCAAGGCCCAGGAGCCGCUGGCUGCCGUGCGUGUCUACAUCCAGAUGAAUGGCGACGCCCCCGAGGGCCAGGACUUCACGCUGCUGUCCCCGUACCCACGGCGCGUUUACACAGAACUGGACAUGGAGAAACCUCUACAGGAGUUGGGUUUGGUGCCUUCAGCUGUGCUGGUCGUUGCAAAGAAAUAAGGACCUGAAGUAAUAAGAUGCUUUAUGAGCCAACAUCAUUUAUCACCCCCAACAGGACAGAGACCAGGAUGUCAACUAUGGAUUGAUUCUCCUUCAACAAACACUUUGAACUUUAAUCUGAAUCUUUAAUGGCAACACAAAAUGGAUGACUGUAUUGAUUAUCAUGGGGCCUAAAGUUAGACCUGGCUCGUUGACACUGUCCACUGCAUUGUAAAUGGUAGUUUUUCAAAGUUAAAUCAUUUUACAGUGGUGUUACUGCAUACUCACUCAAACGUGAAUAAACUUACUUGGAGAGUAA